AUGUUGAUUGCAUCUUAUAGCCUGACAUGCAUCAUAUUUGGACAGAUGGUUUGGAUUAAGCCAAAACUAGAUCGAUUUAAUGGUGCUAUUAUAUUUUCAAUAUUCAAGUGCAUUGAGGUUAGGGUGAAAGAUACCUUUCCGCAUCAAAUAGACGAAAAAGAAACCGCAGGAGAAAGAGACCAAAUAUCCCCAAUGAAAGCGAAGACCGCGCUUUUAGAAGGCGCCAUUCCAAAGUUGAAAAAGAUUUGCGAAAAAAUUGGAGUCUUGCCUUGA